AUGAAAGCAGUGACCCUUGUCCAAGUUCACCCGCGCCAGCCGUCAAAACGCACGCGAAAUUACUGCCACAGGGCCACAACCAGACCAAAACACCUGAGACAACGACAGAAAGUCGUGACUCUGCCAGUCGUCGCGCUAUGCAUGCUCGUGAGCGUCGUCUUCUUCAGCAUCGGCUGGACCAUCGCGGGGAUUUCGGUGCGCGGCUCGUGGCAAGAUGAUGUCGAGGCGCUAACGUUCUUACGCGACUCAUCGAUCGAGCUAAAUGAUUAUUUUGGAGAUUCCGAGGACCCGAGCAAGUGGACAGGUGUCGCCGUGAACAAUGGGCGCGUGACGGGCCUCACAUUAGAAAAGUGUUCAAGGAUUGAUGGACUGGACGCCAUCGGCUCGAUCGAGGAACUGGAGUCUAUGUCCUGGUGCACGAAACUUGUCGCGCUUCCGGAAGCGGUGCGCGGACUCAACGCGCUCGAGGAGCUAUACUUUGUGGAACCCGCCAAUGGCAACACCGCCACCGAAGAGGCCGAGCCGACCGCCCUGCCGUGCUUUGGUAGUGGCUCCGGGGAUACGCCAUCGUCGCCUUGUCCUGAACCCAGCAGUCGGAACCUCCGCGGCCGCCGCUGA